CAUAUUUCUGCCCAUGAACAAGCCUUGCCUUGCCCAAGAUGAGGCAAGCUGUGACACAAUGUAUCCUUUAUACUUGGCAAACAAAAAAUAAAAAUAAAAUACCAAAAAUAAAACCCAUCCAAAUAAGAACGCGAGUAGACAACAUUUUCCUACACCCGAGAAACAAAGAGGCUCGCUUCGCUUCCUCCCGCUUCAGCUUUCAAUCAUUCAUAUAUGGCGAUCGUCCUGAUAUAUCAAGAACGAAAAAUGGCAAAAACCCAUCCACCAUAUCACCGAAAUUUUAUACACACCUUCUCUCUCUACCUCUAGAAGUAAACACUUUCUCUCUCUAGAACCUCUUUACUCUACCCUCUCAAGUUUCUUUUUUCCGUUAAGCGCUGUCGUUUCAUCCUUCAAGUUUUUCUGUAGUUAUUUGGUGAUAGUAGUCGCUGCUUUAGUUAGGGUUUUCGAAAUCGGGUUUCAAGUGAAGUGAAGGUUAAUUUUGCAAUGUCUCAUAUAUCAAGAAUGAAAAGGAAUUUUGCAAGUGAUACUCAGUAUAAAGAUUAUGAAGAUUGGUACUAUAAAGAUUUGAAGCAGCAAAGAAUUGAAAUUAAAAUUUCAAAUUCAACUUAUAGAUGCCCUUUCUGUUCAUCGAAGAAGGAAGAUUAUUACCUUUUUGAUGAGCUUCUGCAACAUGCAUAUCGCCAUAGUAGAGGGUCUUCUCAAAGGGAUCUCAAAGAUAAAGCUAAGCACUUAGCUUUAGAGAAUUAUAUGAAUAGGUACAUUAAGGACAAGGAGAAGGAGCCAAGGUAUAAUUAUACCACUAAAACUGAACCUUACAAUAUGCAUCACGAGGAGGAGAAGAAGCCAGGGAAUAAUUUUACUAAAACUAAAUCUCUCAUUGUGCAUCGUGAACAUGAUAAGGAUCAAUUGUUUGUUUGGCCUUGGAUGGGGAUUGUUGCUAAUAUUCAAACUAAGAUGGAAGGUGGACUUCAGGUUGGCGAAAGUGGGACGAAACUCAGGGAUGAGCUAACUAGAAAAGGAUUUGACCUACUUAAGGUGCAUCCUCUAUGGAAUCAUUUUGGUCAUUCUGGCUUUGCAGUUGUUGACUUUAAGAAGGAAUGGAAUGGGUUCAACAGUGCAAUGAUGUUUGAGAAGGGUUUUCAAUUAAAUCAUUGUGGGAAGAGUGAUUAUGAAAAGCUCACAAAAGAAGAAAUGGGAGAUAGGUUGUUUGGAUGGGUUGCAAGAGAAGAUGAUUAUGUUGAAAGAAGUAAAAGAAAAGUUGUUGGUGAUCAUCUGAGAAAGUUUGGCGAUUUAAAAAGUGUCUCAAGCAAAGAAGCGGAGGAUCGAAGGAAGGAUUCAAUACUUCUGACCAAACUAACCAAUACCUUAGAAACGAAGAAUAAGCAUCUUGAAGAAAUGAAAAUCAAAUAUUCAGAGACUAGUGCAUCUUUGAACAAGCAAAUGUUAGAAAAGGAGGCUAUUAUCAAAUCUUAUAAUGAGGAAAUGAGAAAGAUGCAGCAGAUUUCGCGUGAUUAUCUAGAGAAAAUUUCCUUGGAGCAUGAGAGGGCUACACUACAUCUGGAAGCUCAGAGGAAAAAAAUGAAGGAGCACGAGAAGCAACUACAACAGCGUGAAUUUCAGAAUGAUAAUGAGAUGAGGAAGCUUUGUCAGAAGAAGAAAAUGAAUGAGACAGCAAUCUUGGAGCAGAAAAAGGCGGAUGAAAAUAUGUUGAGGCUGGCAGAAGAACAAAAGAAACAAAAAGAGAAACUUCGUAAGAAGAUUCUUGACCUAGAAAAGAAACUUGAUGCUAAACAAGCUCUGGAGCUGGAGAUAGAGCGCAUGAAGGGUGCUUUACAAGUAAUGAAGCACAUGGGAGAUCAGGAGGACAUAGAUAUCAAGAAAAAGAUGGACACAAUCCAACAACAGUUGAAGGAUAAGGAAGAAGAACUAGAAGACUUGGAAACUCUUAAUCAAACUCUUAUUAUCAAGGAGCGCAUGAAUAAUGAUCAAUUACAAGAUGCUCGUAAGGAAUUAAUAAGUGGUUUAAGGGAGGAUACACGUGCUCUUAUCGGUGUUAAGAAAAUGGGCGAGCUCGAUGGUAGACCAUUCCAUGCUUCAGCCAAGAGAAAGUUUCCUGAUGAAGAUACAGAUGUGAAAGCAGUAGAGCUGUGCUCAUUGUGGGAUCACCACCUGAGAGAACCUAGCUGGCAUCCGUUUAAGGUCAUCACUGAUGAGACAGGAAAUGCCAAGGAGAUAAUCGAUGAAGAUGAUGAGAAAUUAAAGUUUCUGAAGAUUGAGUUGGGCGAUGAAGUUUAUGAUGCUGUAAUAAAAGCCAAGAGAGAGAUAAAUGAGUAUAACCCAAGUGGGGGGUACAUAGUAAGGGAGAUUUGGAAUUUCAAGGAGAACAGAAAGGCAACACUGAAGGAGGGAGUAGCACAUUUAUUGAAGCAGUGGAAGAUGCUCAAACGGAGGAGAACCUGAAGUAUAUCUCAUACAAGUUUUACUUCUUCACCCACAGUAGAGUUUCCUGUCUCACUUCACAUGGGUAUGCACACAAAUUAUACAUAUUAACCAACCAAUUAGUGCUCUUAAAAUGGGGUAUGUAUAUGUUCUGAUCUCAUCUAUUUGAUUCUUCAGCUGGCACAAUUUCUUUAGGCAAUCAUGUUUAAAUAUUUGACUAAUAGUGAACUUAGUAUACUCUGGAAUGCAUGCUGAUGCCACUCUCUUCUCAAUA